AUUUCCUUGCAUCCAGGUGGGUCCUGGAUGUAUUCCAGGUGUUGCUGCUGGCUGGCCCACAUCUCACAUGGAUUAAAGUUUUCCGUCGCUAGACGGAUUUCCGUCAAUUGAAAAAUUAUUAAAUUCACUUUUCAUAAAGACGAGUCGUGUAUUCACCUUUUUAAGUGGGAUGUGAUCAAAGCCUGGAGUGGAGCCAAAUCACGUUCCUCUCUCCACUGUAAGCGUUCUGUAACCACCACGCACCGGAUCCACUCCGGGUUUUCUGGCUGUAUCACGUUAAGCUGAGGUAAAACUUUAUUUCAGCUAGCAUGGACAAACUUAUAAUGCAGGAAGGCUCCGAUGUUUUGGAGAUCGAUAAAGGUGUAAAAGACCUGGAGAUUGACUUAGCGAAAUGAUGAAGAUUGGCAAGGCUUUCAGUUCGUGGGCUAAGAAAACCAAAAAGCCAGGUAACUUGCGUGUCUUUGCACAGUAUGACUAGGGGUGCUGUAUUUUGGGGGUAAAUGAUUUCCCCCGUACGUGAUCACCCGCGUCCCGUUUUUGACUGCUGAUCUAACCAGUGGCUGAUACAACGGGUUUGUUAAACUCGUGGGUAAACUUCAUGUGGCGCCACAAGAACCAGGAGGCAGAUGACAUCCAAAUCCCGUGAGAGCGAUUCGAGGAAUCAUAAGAGGAGACUGCUUCCGAAAUGCUCUCGCGGGACUUUGAUGUCAACCACAUGUCGGUUCUUGCAGUUGCUUAACUUAACAUUUGUACACAUAUUUAAGCACCACAGUUUAAAAACAAGUGAUUUAAGCCAUUCAAAGUCAAACAACAGUGCAAAAUGCGGCCGCUGUUUCUGUGUCAGAUGGGCACGCAAAGUCGCGCAUUCGCUUCUCAUUGUGUGAGUAUUUUUGCCGCUUUAUUGGCCUUAAAUAAACAUAUGCGUAAAAAAUCCAGUCUUUGCAAAUAUCCUCAUAUAAACACGGCCAUUUAGGUCUUAGGAGAAAUUAAACAGCAGAAACAUUGCGCACAAAAUAGCACAUCAGCGCUGCCUCUAUUGUAACAUAAUAAUUUGUUGAUAAAGGUACAGUCAUUCAUCUUUCACUAUGGUUACAGACUGUGCUUAUUGUACACGAGUUUGACUCGAGUUACUCGUUUAGGAUUUAUAUUCAUACAUAACGUUACUGUAUAAGAGCUGUGACUGUAAGCUGUUUUGUGAACAGAACAGACCCUGGAUUAUUUGUUUGUGUACUGAAUAAUAUGAUAUGAAAAAGUUGUAUUUGUUUACAUUAGUAAAUGCAUUAUAUAACAUGAACAAACAAUGAAAAUAUAGAGUAUAUAAGCAUUCUUGUUUAUGUCAUUACGGUAAUUGACGGUAGUUCAUGGUGCAUUCACUAAUGUUAACAGUUUCAACUUUGAUUUAAAAAAAUAUUAGUAAAUGCUCAAAUUAAUACAUUUACAAUUAAUUAAUUAAUAAUUAAUAAAAGAUUCAUUAAAGGUGGUGAUAUUCAUGUUUUCUUUUUAUAUAGUGAGUUAUUUAGCUGUUUCGCCUUAAUCUGAAAUUCCCUGUAAACUACAGCUACCUAUAUACUACAGGAGACUUUAAUAUGGAAUUAAUGGCAAAAAAAUCUCCCCUUAAAAUGUUAUUGGUCUCGCCUACAUAAAGUGUAAGUUAAAGGAAUAUGACUUGGCCUGAAAAAAAUUUCAGUCAGAAGAAUUUUUUUCACUUUAAUCCCUGAUCUCAUCAAUGGCUGUUAUAAACACAAAAACACACAGACAUUCAUAGUGAGCUAUUGUCAUUUUGCACAUAUUGACAUUGUGUUUGUGCGUGUGUCUGUGCAUAUGUAUGUACGUGUGUGUGAGGUGAUUUUUCUCAUCAGGGGACUUGAAGAGGCUGACACUGCUCUCGGCGAGCCCUGCUAGACCCUUGAGCUCUUCUAUGACCAAGUGGACAAGACGAAAUGUCUCCUGGGCACCGAGGGUGACACGACGGACAUGAUGUUUGAGAUGGUCCCUGGGGAUGUAACGCCUGACCAGAUUCUCAUCACUCACCACCUCCAUUACGGCAAAUUCUUUGGCCCUGACAGCCUUCAUGAGGAGCUGGAGGUCCUCGCGGUUAAAGGCCAGCACUGCCCCGACCAACGCAGACUUGAAGGCGCUGUACUUCGAGUGGGCCUCGGUCUGCAGAGCAGCAUCAAAGGGAUGAAGCCAGUGGAAAAUUUCCAGCCUCACCACCAUCCCGUCAUCCAUCCAAGGCUGGAAGAGCGUCUCCACGGCCGUCAGACCCUGCGCCUUGCAGCAUCACCGGUCUAUGUUAAGGAUCUUGUGUACAGGUUGAUUGACGAGCCGAAACCGCUUCAUCACGCCACGGCACAUGGGCCCCAGCUUUUCCACAGACUCCUUACAGGACGCUGUGGAACGUGGACAGUAUCUGGCUCCGGUAGUCCUGAACAUUUUCCGCCUCAGCCAGGAGGAACGCAUGCCGCAGGAGCCGCGCGCAGGGAGCUCUCUGGGAAGUGGUGCCGCCUGGAACUCCCCAUGGCCCAACGCAGAGACAAUGCCUCCGGGUUUCACCAAGGCCAUGAGGAGCGUGGUGUAGAGGUCCUUCCUCUGAUAGUAGUCCUCCUUAUGGUUCUCCUGCACCUGCCGCCACACCAUAAUUACGGUGUUCCCCUCUGUGCGGUCACGCAGGAGGCGUGAAGAGACUAAGCCUUACCCGGAUGUGGUAACCAGACUUGAAGAGGUAUGUGUUGCCUCCGGCCCCAACUUCAGAGAGCACCACCACACCCUGAUAGGGUGCCAGACGAAAAAACGGCGGAGGGGAAAAAGGCCUGUGGAGUGGGGAUGCCGCCUCUAACGAAGCCGGGUGGCUCAACCACAUCCGGUCUGACUUAAGGAUGCGCUGCCUUGGAAUGACGCCCUUGAUGUCCUUGUAAAUUUGGACGGCCAUAAAGAGGCCUCUCUCGCUGUCCUACUUCAGCCAGGGGAUGUCUGCAGACGGGAUGCCAUUGGAUUCUUCCCACAGCCACACCCAGCCUUCCAGCUCCACCUGCAACACAUCACAUUUAGUUAUUUAUUUUCCAUAAUAUGGUGGGGGUUAGUAACCAAGGGAUGCUUUAACAUUGCUUGUGUAUGUUAUGAUUUUACACUUACAGAAUAGUCACUCUGUGGCAAGGUGGUGGCAGACGCAGUCUGGCUGUUUGAGGUCGAUGAUGGCUCCUCUGGGCGAGCAUCAGGAGGAGACUAACCAGCCUUGCUGGUGGAGGACAGCAGGGGCUUCUUGUGCUUGCUGCGCUUUGCCUUCUUGCUCGUUACGCAAAGGAUUCUGUUCAGGAUGCUCUGCAGUUGCUGGCACGCUGGUGGAGAGCGGCAGCUGUUCGGGACUCCUGACGAACACAGGCUUGCUGGUGGAGAUGGGCAAGAAGACUGUGUCGUCCAGAGCGUCAUCGGACCAUGACAACUGAGAGGUGGCAGCGGCUGCAGGGAAGCUUGAUUUAUUUAAUCAUUAUUUAUUUAACACACCACACUUCUUACCUACUUUAUUUACAUUUCCUUGCAUUUGUACAUACAUACUUGUACAUACCAUCUUGUAUUUUGUCUUUAAAAAAUAUAUAUUUUCUUUUUUUAAUCUAUUUUUUGCAUAUUGUGUAUUUUAUUAAUUCUAAUUGUAUUAUUUUAUUGUCUGUAUCCUGUCACACUUAUUCUGUGCUCUAGAAGCUCACCAAAACAAAUUCCUUGUAUGUGCAAACAUACCUGGCAAUAAAGCUCUGACCGAUCCUGGUUCUCUUCUUGAAGAGCUGGAAGUGGCGGCAGGAAGAGUGGAAUCUGGUGGAGGCUUCUGUGAAUUACAGGGAAGUUUUAGCUUUGAGGUGCACAUUUUUUGUUUGGAUAAAAGCUCACAGAAACUAAAACCAGAUGUAUGCAGCUUUGCCAGGCGUGGAGCACCAGCGUAAACCAGCUAAGACCACUCUUCUAAGCUUUCAGCCUGGUAAAGCUGGUUUUUCGAUCUGAACAGCUAAAAGUGGACUCUAAAAACCUCUCUAAAACCAGCCUGCUACACCAGCUAAAACCAAACUGGGAGACCAGGUCAACUAGGUCCACGUGCUCAUCUCCACUCAAACUUUUGCAGAGAAAUGAAACAGUGACUGCAUGAUUGAUCUACCGUCGCCACCUGCUGGUGAUAAAAAUGAAUAACAUUAAUAGAAAGUAUGACUUCAACAUAUUUUUGGUGGUAGUACAGUGCUUUAUAUAGAUAAUGGUAUAUGGUACAGUCUUCUUUAGCUUAAAGGUAAAUAUAACAGUGAAUGAAGAUAAUUAUUUUACUGUGUUUAGAUGUUCAAUAAAGUUAAGAGUAUCAGUGAAGCAAGUUUGAGAGAUUUCUACAUAAAAUCUAUAAUGUAAAAAAUAUAAUCUUGAUAUCUUUAAUAAGGUAAAAAAAAAUUAAUAAGGUCUAUCUCUAUUUAUAGUUGUAUUAUGCCACAUUUAACCUCCUAAGACCUGGAUGUCACAUAUGUGGACAUCAAUGUUUUUGUUGUUUUCACCAUAAUACUUAAUUCUGUGUAACUGGAACCUCUUAUACACAAACAUGGACAAAUACACUGCUUCAUGUUCAAAGAAAAAUAUUUGGUUAUUAUAUUUAUUGGAUCCCCAAAAUAGCUGGUAGAAAUCUGAAAAAAAAGACAAACCAAAGCUCGAUCUUAGGAGGUUAAUUUAGGCUUCAUGUUAUCUGACCAAAGAUAGGAGAUUGUUGCAUAAAAUUGGUUUGGGGCAGAAAAAAAUAUUUUGGUAGUGGAAACAUUUUUUAAGAUCUUUUCCUCUCAUCUCAUUCAGUAUUUUGUCCACCACAAUGACCCUUUUUAGUCUGUGGCGGUUCUUCAUGAGUCAACAUGUCAAAUGUCCUUUAAUGUUUUUGGGAAUUACAGUGUUUAGUGAAUUUAACCCUGCAGUAAACCCAGCAAUAUGUAACUCUGUUGAUGCUUUAACUGCUGUAAGGGAUGAGGGAUUAUAAUCUUACUUAAUGUCUGUUUUUGACUGACUGCCAGUGUUUAACUAUUUGAUAUGCGUGAAGGAUUUUGAGCAAUUAAAAAACCUUUUGUAUGUAUCAUGCAUUAAAAUAUAUGACCUUUGAUGAUUUUGAUGAUUUAAAUCAAAUCUCCAUACAAUCUGAGCUUGUCUGUGUUUUACUCUCCACUAAUACUCUUUUUC